AUGGAUCCCCAGCCGAAUCGUAAGCUUCUCGACAAGCUCCUACGGUCGGGCGAUAUCAAGAGAGAGAACCGUGACCUCAUGAACGUCCGAGCUGCUUCGCGCUUCGUCGAUGGGGUCCGUCGCCACGAUGACCCAUCCGACGUUCUCUUCCGGCUUGAUCAGAAGGACCCACAGCUCAUUCGGACCAUAUUCACCCUUCACUCCUCCAACGACUUCAUGGAUAGCGUGGUGAUGCCCUUCAUCACCUGGCUGGGCAACGAUGAGCUCUCCAUCGGCACGUGCAGCUUCAAACAGCAGCUGAUAUGCAACAGGCUAGCGCGCGCUCCCGGCCUGCUGGACAACCUGCUGGAAGCCUUGAACUGCGACAAGAUCUCGGACAAUAUGUCUCUCUUGUGGUUUGUCGAGAGGCUGAUUCUCGACGACGGUCAAGACGGAGUAACCGCGAGAUCCAGCAACAGCAAGGAGUCUGCGCUCGUCAACCGUUUGAAGCGGAGCACGUCGCCCACCGUCAAGGCUCAGGCGCAAAAGCUGCUGAAGGUUCUGUCCGAUCCGUCUGAGGUGGACAAGCGAAACGCUGAAAUUGCCGCCACCGGAGGGGGCUUGUCCAUCGAAGCCAUCCAAGCAUCAUCGCCGGGAGGGCGGCACUCCAACGACCAUGUGGAUUUCCGCUCCAUCACGAUCGUGCCGAGUGUGGAUGAGGUUCUCUGCGACAAGAUCCCGUUCCUGCCGACCGAGAUGGAGCGUGACAUCCCACACCUCGAUCGUCAGUUUCGCCUGCUGCGCCACGAUUUGGUUUCGAGCGUCGUCGAUGCUGUGACUCCACUGAAAACGCUUCGAGCCGGUGCGGGAGAAACGAAGGGCUCUGGUAGGGCAAAAGGUGGCGAAGGAGGGCGGCCCCCAUUUAUAUUGGAACAAACAAAGCGCGGCGCCAUCGUAGCAGACAAAGGGGGGCGCGCGGCCGCAGUGCUGAUACAUUUUGACUGGCCGUCUUCACACCCCGUGUCUCGCAUAAAAACGCCAAAAAAAAGGAUGGACUAUUUGCAGCAGACCAAGGGCGGGCGAGGAGGCGGUGGCACCGGCGGCGGCGGCGGCGCCGGGCGCAACUUGCUGAAGAAGGAUUCGUUGGUUGUGCUGACCAACAAGUACCUGAAGCCUCUCUUUAUCGCGACCGUCACGAUCAGGGACGAGGGACUGCUCGCGGGAGGUGGCGGUGGAGGUGGGGCGAGCUGGGGCAGUGGUGGCGCCGGUGGCAACAGCAACGGCGGGGGUUUCGGUGAUCGGGGUGCCUCAGGUCGCGGUCGCGGGGGAGGCGGUCGUCUUCCUAACGGUCGUGGAAGGGGCGACCGUGGUGGUAGGGGCGCCGGUGGCCACGGCGGAACCGGAGGGAGCCGCAGCUGCAUCUGGAGGGAGAGGCAGGAGUCGCGCCCGGCGGUGGGGGUCUCGUUCUUCAACCUCAAGGAUCUGGAAGCGGCUCUGCUUCUCUCGAGGGACGACUCCUGGGGCUGCCUCGUGCCCCUUACCGUCGGCGUCUUCGCGUACGAGUCUGUGCUGAAGCAGCUGCAGGCCAUGGCCGACGUCCCAAUGGCGAACCUGCUCGUGGACUGGCCUGCCGCUCACGCGGUGUCGAAGCCCGGCGGCAGCAGCCUUGAGCGACUUGCCGGGAGCCUCUGGAAAUCCAUGACGGGCGGCGCCUCGUCCGCCGCCCCACCGCCUGAAUCCCCGCAGCCGCCGUUGUACGAGGGCGUGGAAGCCGCGGAGAUGGAGGGACUCGCCGAGCGGUUCGCCGCUAGCGCGGAUGAUCUCAAGAACCGGACGCCGUUGAUGCUGUCGCCGCCUCUCGUCGGAGUGAAUCUGUCUAGCGGGUGCCAGUUCGACAUUUCGCAGCGGGUGGCGGUGGCCCAGGUGUUGCGGCAGAGAGUUAGCCUUGUUCAGGGACCUCCAGGCACGGGUAAGACGUUCCUCGGCGUGCUGCUGGCGCAGAUCAUCCUAGCGUCGACGGACCAGAAGAUCGUGUGCGUCUGCUACACCAACCACGCCCUCGACUCCUUCCUCGAGGACCUCCUGGGCAAGGGGAUCACCGACCUGGUGCGCAUCGGCGGCGGCAGCAAGAACGCCAAGCUGGACCCGUACCAGCUGCGGAACCACCAGGCCCAGGGCUUCAACCGGGUGCAGAACCGCCAGUUCGCGAUUCUCAAGGAGGCGUUGGAAGAGUCGCAGGCCCAGAUCGACGAUAUCCAGAAGACGAGCGGGCUCAACCGCAAGCCUGACAAGAUGGACGUCGUGGGGUGGCUGGAGGACGAGGACUUCGAGGCCUUCCAGGAGCUCCAGAUGCCGGAGGGCGGUGAUGGGGGCACGGUCGUCGGCAGGAGGGGCCGAGCCCUCACGAGCGCGUCUAUCGUCCGCACGUGGCUGGACGGGAAAGAGAAGCCCUCCGCACCCCUGCUGCAGCCAGCAAACACUACGUCAGAAUCCGGCGGUGGCGACGGCAGCAUCAACAGCGAGCCGCUGUCGACCGACAGCAUAUGGGCGUUGGACAAGAACGCCCGCAAGGCCAGGUGGGCCGGGUGGGAGGCCGCUAUCAAGGCAGAGGUGGCCGAGAAGGUGGCCAAGAAGGUCAAGGCUCACGACACGCUAGCGCGGGAGCUCUCCGGGCUCCAGCGCCAGAAGGACGUGCAGCGCGUGCGGGCGGCUCGGGUCGUCGGCUGCACGACAACGGGCGCGGCCAUUCACCACUCGCUGCUGGCGGAGGCGCGGUGCGGGGUGGUGCUGGUUGAGGAGGCGGCCGAGGUCCUUGAGGCUCACGUCCUGGCCGCGCUCGGGGACUCCACGAAGCACCUAAUCAUGAUCGGCGACCACAAGCAGCUGAGGCCCAAGGUGGAGCAAUACAGCCUGAGGGUUGAGAGCGGGAGGGGGUUCGACCUGAACGUCAGCCUGUUCGAGAGGCUCGUCAAGGCCGGAUACCCGCACACGACGCUAGAACUGCAGCACCGGAUGCCGCCCGAGAUCUCUGCGCUGGUCAAGGGGCUCACUUACCCGAGGCUACGCGAUGGGCCCGGGACAGUCAAUCGUCCACCCGUCCUAGGUAUCCGUGACCGCGUGUGCUUCGUCGGCCACCACCACAACGAGGAGUCGGCGGCUUCGAUGCGCCAGCGCCACGACGACGGGGUGUCGGUGUCCAAGGUCAACCGGUACGAGGUCCGGAUGGUGGCGAAAACCGUCAAGUACUUGCUGCUGCAGGGGUACGAGCCGGACCAGAUCGUCGUGCUGACGCCGUACCUUGCUCAGCUCCGGGAGCUACGGGAUGCGAUGGACGGCGCGGUCAGCGACCAGGACGCCUACGAUCUCGCGGCGGCUAUCCGGUUGGGCGACGGCACCAACGAGCGAGGAGAUGGAAAGAGCGGCGGCGGCGGAGGCGGCGGCGGCGGCGGCUCUGCUUAUACGAGGUCGAGAGUCAGGGUGGCAACGGUGGACAAUUACCAGGGCGAGGAGAGCGAUGUCAUCAUCAGCUCGUUCGUGCGCAGUAACAGCGGCGGGCAGAUGGGGUUCGUCGGAGACCCGAACAGGCUCAAUGUUGCCAUCUCUCGAGCGAGGCACGGCAUGAUCAUGUUCGGCGACAUCGACUUCUUCAUGUCGGAUUCCGUCCGGAACAAGCCCGGCCAGCGCCUGUGGCUCGAGUUCCUGUCGCUCCUCGAGGCUGGGGGACACGUCUACAGGGACGGGCUGCCGGUAGCCUGCGAGGCCCACAAGACGCGCGCGGACUUGGCCACUCCCGAGGCCUUCGAUGAGCACUGCCCCGAUGGAGGCUGCCAGGUUUUGUGCGGCACAAAGCUUUCGUGCGGUCAUCGUUGCCCCCGAAGGUGUCACCCCGGAGACGACCACAAUCACGAGGGCGCCUCCUGCGCGGUCCUCCUAGAGGAUACCUGCCCCAAGGGACACAAGUCGAAGCGCCGCUGCUCCAAGGACCCCGUGGGGCUCCCCUGCCGGCCGUGCGAGCGCGAGGCCCGCGCUGUGGAGCUCGAGAUUGCCCGCCACGCCGAAGCAAAGGCGGCCAGGGAGAGGGAGCGGGAGGCGGCCACCGCCCGGCUGGCCGAGGCCCGGAGGGGUGCCGCCCAGGAGCGCGAGAAGCUGGCCCACGAGGCCGAGCUGCUGCGGCUGGAGCGGGAGACGCAGCGGGCAGUGGUCGACGCCGAGAGGACGCGGUUUUCCAAGGAGAACGCUCGCGCCAACCUAGAGCAGGCUCUAGCUGCUCCUCGUCCUCCUCCUCCUACUCCUGCUGCUGCUGCUCCGGUUCGCGACGGAAAAGCGGCCGCCGCCUCUUCGACUCAGAAGACCGCCAGGAAAAAAAACCGAAGGCAGGCGGCGGCCGCAAAGGCUACGAAGGCCGGCAAGUCCAAGCAGGAGACGACGACGGCCGCCCCUCGGGGAUCCACCCUCUUCCUCAUCGCCCAGGCGGCGGCGAACGGGAGCGCCAGCGGCAUCACGGCCGCCCUGGAGGCCGUGCCGCCGGGGGAGCGGCUCCGGCAGACGAGCCACGAGCUGGGAGUGGCUCUGGGAGAAUCGGCCUUCGACUGGUUCCCGCCCGCCACGACCGGGGGCGAGCCCUCGCCCGCCGCGGGGGCUCCGGGCCCGCGGACCGCCCAGGCGAUGGACAUGAUAGCCUCCGGAGAGGUGGUCAAAGCCCGCGCCAUCCUCGCGACCGUCGUCCGAGACACCUCGGCGGCCGACAACGGCAUCGACGGCGACGCUAGCCCGCAGGCCGGAGAGGGGAAGAAGACGAAGGCGCCGGAUCCGUCCGCGCUGUUCGCCCUGACGCUUUGCGACCACGACCUCGCCGGCGGCGCGGGGGCUGCCGCCGCUCGGCAGCUCGCGGAGCUCGAUGCAGCCGUGCCACGCCUCUGGCCCGGACCUCCUGACGGCCGUCCGUGCCCGGACGCCCGAGCCUUCCCCCUCGCAGCGCUCGUACGCGCAGCUCUUUUGUCGUCGUCGUCGCCUUCCGCUUCAGCCGCCCCCGUGGCACCCUCUUCGCCACCGCCAUCUGAGGGGGAGGAGAAAGAGGAGGAGCAGGAGGAGGGUGCCCUAGACCCAAAGGCGCGGGCGUGCGCUCUGGCCGUAGCGUUUCUCCGAGCACCGGCCCAUGCCCGUAGGGUGGGUAGGGUCGACUCGAGGGCGUGGACCACGCGGGCGGAGGAGGUAGUCAAGGAGAACGGAGGCAGCCUCGCCAGGGAACUUUGGGGACCCCAAGGAGGGCCUAGCGGCGGAGACGGCCAGGACCAGAGCCUGGCCGGCGGCGGGGUAGAGGGGCAAUGGAAGAGGUUGCAGACCAGGUGGGGCGUCUCGAGCGAGGGCAUGGACUCGCUGCUGGAGAUGUCGGGCCUCGACACCAUUAAGGCGGACUUUCUCAGCGUGGCAAAGCUGGUGGUGAUCGACAGGGAGCGCGGGUACGAGCCUUCGGCUAGGUCCUUCAACGUCCGCCUGGAGGGGAACCCCGGCACCGGAAAGACGACCGUGGCCAGGCUCUACUAUCGGCUUCUGAAGGACCUUGGAGUGUUCACCUCUGCAGAGGAGCGGGCGGCAGACGCCAGGGCCGCCGCGGAAGCGGCGGCGAAGAAAAAAGCCGACGACGCGGAGAAGGCUAGGCAGGACGCCGAGCGUCGAGCGUUUCAGAGCGCCGGCCUCCCGUACACCGCGCAGCAGCAGCAGCUGCAGAACCCCCCGGCGACGCCCAGGGCGUCCGCUUCCUCCACCACCACCGCCGCCGUGGCAUUGGCGGCCGGCUUUAUGGAGACCACGGGCGCCGACCUGGCCGAUAACGGCGUCGGCGGGCUGAAGGACAUGCUGAGGAAGAUCCGAGAAGCCGGAGGAGGCGUGCUGUUCGUGGACGAGGCGUACACGCUCGAGCCCCAGUCGGGCGGCGGCGGGAAGAAGGUUCUCAACUUCCUGCUGGCCGAGAUCGAGAACCGUCGGGGGGAGCUCGUCGUGGCCUUCGCCGGCUACGCCAAGAACAUGGAGACCCUCUUCGAGUUCAACGAGGGCCUUCCCAGCCGCUUCCCCAAGGUCCUGCGUUUUGAGGACUACAGCGACGCCCUCCUCCUCGAGAUUUUCAAGGGGCUCAUGGCUAAGAAGAAAGGGCUGGGUGCGCUCCACUUCGGUGAUUCUGCGGAGCAGGAGGACCCGGAGAGGUGGGCCAAGGUGGCCAUCGCUCGGCUCGGCCGGCGGAGGGGCUCCCGCGGAUUCGGAAACGCCCGCGCCGUUCGGGUGCUCUUCGACCAGGUUCUCGAGCGGCAGGCGAGCCGCCUCAGCAGCGGAGACAACGACAAAGACAACGGCAACGACGACGACGAGGACGACGACGACCCAUAUGAGCUUACAAAGCCCGAUCUCCUCGGCUGGUCGGUCUCGAGUCUCGACGAGUCGGAGAGCUGGAGGACCCUCCGGGGCAUGGUCGGGCUUGGCGCGGUGAAGAGCGUGGUGCUGGCGCUGGCGGAGGUGGUGCAGACGAACCGCGUGCUGGAGGAGGCCGGCAAGCCGCCGAGGAACAUCGCGCUCAACCGUUGCAUGCUCGGGAACCCGGGCACUGGCAAGACAACGGUAGCAAAGCUGUUCGCCGGCAUCUUGGCGGACCUCGGGCUCCUCUCCAAGGGCGAGGUGGUCCUCAAGACCGCGUCCGACUUCGUCGGCUCCGUCCUCGGCGAGAGCGAGUCCAAGACCCGCGCAAUCCUCAAGGCUGCCGAGGGCUGCGCCCUGGUCAUCGACGAGGCCUACUCCCUCCGCGCCGGGAGCGGCGUCGGCGGCAAGGGGGGCAGCGGCGGGGACCCGUACCGCACCGCCGUGGUGGACACGCUCGUGGAACAGGUGCAGAACGUGCCGGGGGAGGACCGGUGCGUGCUGCUGCUGGGGUACCGCGCGGAGAUGGAGGAGUUCAUGCGCGACGCCAACCCCGGGCUGGCCAGGAGGUUCGCUCUCGACAACGCCUUCAGCUUCGAGGACUACAAGGACGAAGAGCUCCUCAGCAUCCUCCGCGGGAAGCUCCGUCGAGAGCACCUCACCGCCGGGGUGGACGCCCUCAUGGCCGCCGCCGACGUGCUCAGGAAGAAGCGCAAGACGGCCUCGCACUUCGGCAACGGCGGCGAGGUGGCCAACCUGCUGAGCGAGGCCAAGCUCCGGAAGGAGUCCGGAAGGAGAACCACCGCAAGGACGGCUCUUUGGAAGCCAGACUUCGAUCCGGAGUACGGGGCCGGCCCAAUGGAUGGCGCCGCUCUCGAGGACGACUUGUUCGGCGACCUCAUCGGCUGCGCGGACAUCAAGCUGCAGCUGACGCGGAUCCGCUCGACGUUCGUCCACGCGCAGAGACUCGGCCUCGACCCUCGUGAGGCCAUCAACCUCAACUUCCGUUUCACGGGGGCCCCGGGCACCGGCAAGACUACGGUCGCCCAGCGCGUCGGCCGCAUGUUCAAGCAGCUCAGCGUGAUCCACUCGGACGACGUGGUGUCCUGCUCCCCUUCGGACUUCACCACGGGGAUUGCCGGCACCACCACCAACACGAAUCCUGCCGCCGCCGCCGUUCCCGAGGUUGCGUUUUGCACCGGAAACUCGCCGGUGCGCCAAGCUCCCCAAACGACGACCGCGAAGAAGGUGGCCGGUACGAACCGUACCGCCGAGGAGCGGGACGACACGGACACGGACACGGACCACGAGGAAGAUGUCGACCCCUUCCUGUUCGUGGAGGACAUAUACGUCCUGCAAGAGGCCUGCGAGGUCGCGGGAAUAACCCCCGACAGCCCUGAUCUCGGCGACGGCGAGGUCGGCGAACGGCUUCGGCGGGCCCUCGUUCUCCCCAGGGCCGAGCGAGGCAUCGGCCUGUCGCCGCAACAGGCGCGGGCCUUUCUGCGGAAGAUCGCCACCGACAGGGCCGGGCUGUCUCGCCUCCGGCGGGAGGAGGCGGGCGCGGCGGUGCGGCCCGUCGCCGAGGCCGAGGGAGCGCUGGCGGAGGCGGAGGCGGCGCUCCGGGAGGCCGGGGGCGAUGAUGAGGACGAGGAGCUGCUGGCCACGCUCGCGCGGGUCCGGCGCGCCAAGGAGACCGCGCUGAAGAAGGCCAGAGAGGAGAGGGAGAGGCAGCUGGCCGUGGAGGCGGCGUCGAGGGCGGCCCUCGCGCGCAUGGGCGUGUGCCCGGCCGGGUUUCAGUGGAUUCGUCAGGGCGACGGCUGGAGGUGUGGGGGAGGCACCCACUACGUGUCCGGCAGCGCCGUUGCGGUGGAGAUGGCGCGCGGCGGGGGGGGCCCCUAGGCUUUUUUUCAUGGCCCUGAAG